AUGUGGUGGAUUCUUGCUUUAUUUGUCACUGUGAGUGGUAUUUAUGAAGACCAAGUAGGGGAAUAUGACUGAAGCUUGUCACAUAUAGGAAAAGUCAGCUAUUUUGCACCAGCAAGCUCAGGCCGAUAUAUUGUUGCGACAGAAAGAGGGAUAAUUGCAGGUCUACGUAGCAAUGGCAAAGCUGAAUGGCGAAAAAUCGUCUCAAAAUUGGAUAAUCCUGUAUUAAUCACCUCCAGCUCUAAUUUUAUUGCUACUUUUUCAGAUAAUCAGGUCAGUGUAUUCACACCUCAUGAUGGGACUCUUCAAUGGACUAAAGGGAUUCAUGAUGUUCUAGAUAUAAAAAUAGUGGCUUUAUCUAUGAAGGAAUAUUUAUGCUUACAAAAAUCACAGGAAAUUGAAGUUUUAGAGCUUUCGACUGGAGAAAGCAGCAGAGUUUUUAGCUUGGGAAAUGUUGUGAAAAUUAUUGGGGCAAAUGAUGGAGAAAUUGAAGUGCAAGCCAAAGAAGAAAUUUUGACUAUUUGGACAAUUAAUAUAAAAACUGGAAAAACUGAAAAAGUUAGUGGCAGCUUAAAAGGAAAACAAUUUUGCUUAAAAAAUGCCUGUGUUUCCCAAGACAAAGAUAAAGUAGAAAUUUAUGAAAAAGGAAAAUUUUUCGUAAAGGAGUGGAAAGGGAAAAAUAUUGAAAAAACUAUUAAUAAUUCCAAUUACGCAUUAACUGAAGAUCAUGAGGUCUACGAAAUUAAAGAAAAUUACAGAAAAAUCGUGGCAGCAGGCCCUGGAAUAUUUUCUGCUGGAGAAGACGAGCUCUUUUGGAUCUCCCCAAGCUCCACUGAAUUUAUCCUAAUUAUCUACAGCAUAAACGAAGGAACCUCAAAACAAGCCAAAGUGAUUUACAAAGAAAAACUCCCUCAAAUUGAGCAUUUCUGGGGAUUUCUAACCCAAAAAGGAGAAUUCGUCGGAUUUUUGACUUUAUCAGACUUCAGCUUCACCUGCUUCACAAGCACCGAAAUAAAAUGGGUCAGAGAAGAAGGCCUUGGCCACCUAAAACACGUAUAUUUCGCUGAGCUUCCUAACAAAGCUCUUCACCACUCCAAUGACUACGUUUCCGCCAUAAAGCAAGACAAUUCUUGGGUAAAAUCUCCAUUCAAUUUCUUACUCAGACUAAAAAUCCAGUUACAGUCCUUCUCCUUAUGGCUUGAAGGGAAAUCCAAAAUUGAUGAAGAAAAAGAGCUGAUUCAAGACGUCUUUGGUAUCAAUAAAUUAAUCCUAGGGGUGAGUGCUUCAAACUAUAUUUUUGCUUUACAAUCACUGUAUAAAAACACAGUCUGGAAAAAAUCAUUUAUCGAGUAUGGGGAAUUUUACCAAUUAGUCCAAACUGGCAUAGAAGAAAUCCUAUUGAUCUUUAAAGAAAAUACAAAUAUUAAGCUUGUAUGGAUACUUUCCACAUCUGGAGAGACUAUUAAGACUGAAACUAUUAAGGAUUUUGAUUUAUUAGAAGCUAUUAUUUUAGACAAAACUGAAAAACCUGGGGUGCUAUUGGUCAGCAAUUCUUUAAAGGUGAAAAAUGUCACAAAAGAUGUGAAAGCAGAAAAUAUUUAUUUUUAUAAAAUAGAUCCUAACUCUUCUCAAUAAAAAAUCUAUUCUACUUUAAUUUUUACUUUAAAAAAAUAAUAAAUUGAGCAAAAUACUAUGAACUAAUUCUAAAAAUUAAUUGAUUCAGUAUUAAAACUGUUUAAAUUAUAUUCUAAUUGAACUUUCUCCAUUAAAUGAGGUCUAAAACUAAUUUCAUAAAAAUUAGUGUUUUCACUUAUAAUGUUUUUGGGAUAAAAAAAUAUAAAUUGUGUACAAUACUUUGAAUUUUAAUUUAUUUUUAUGAAGAAUUAAUUCAAAAAAUUAAUUGAUUAGUGUUAAAACUGUUUAAAUAGCACUAUUUUCAUUAAAUUAUGUCAAAACUAAUUUAUUAAAAUUAGUAUUUUCACUGAUAAAUUUUUUCUUUUAAAAAAUAAAUUUUGUUCCAAUUAAAGGGGUUUAAAGUACCAAAAAUAAAAAUUUUACCUAUAUUUUCUUCCAAUUUAAAGGUGGGGAGUAAAGAAAACACUAUAUUUGGAUAUAAAAUUAUAGGUGAAAAUUCUCACCUUGUCUGGUCUAUGGCAUUAUCUGCCCAAGAAGAAAUCAAAGCUUUUGCUACUGAAAAAGAGUCAAAAAUCCACCAGCCAGCCAUUGCUACCGGCACAUCUAGGCUGAUCUACAAGCAUGAUGAUGCCAAUAUGUUCGCCUUAGCUACCAUAAAAUCAUCAGACCUCUACAUAUACGUCAUUAACGGUGUUUCUGGCAGCAUCCUCGCAAAACUUCGUCAGGAAGGCGUAUCAGGUUCCGUCAAUUUAGUUUUGCACGAAAAUAAGCUUAUCGGCCACUAUUGGAAUUCUAAAUAUUCCCGCUAUGAAAUGAUAGCUGGGGAAUUCUUUGACAGCCAAGUCGACACCUCAGCCACUCAUGUCCUAGCUUCUUAUUAUGAAGGGACUUUUGAGGACAAAUAUUCUUCUUUUGACUUGGCAAACCCCAUUAUUUUUACCCAAACCUAUGCAUUUCCAGGCGGAAUUAAAGAUAUGAAGGUAACUAGGACUUUGCAAGGCAUAACAACCCCUGACUUGGUCAUGAUUUUAAACACAAACCAGGUUUAUACGCUUAAUUUGAAAUGGCUCAGUGCAAGGAGAAAACAAGAAGAAGAUAAGACAGAGGGGAUUUUUGACCAGCCAAAUUUGCCGAUUUAUAAGCCAAAUUUACCAUUGGUGCAGCAUAAUAUUUUGACUUAUUAUAUGAAUUUAGAUGGCCUGGAGCAGCUAGAAAUUACUUGGACUUUAUUGGAGUCGACAUCACUGGCGGUUGCGUAUGGGCUGGACUUCUUUGUGGUGAGGGUGAUGCCUGAGAAGUCUUUUGAUAUUUUGACGAGGGAGUUUAGCAGGUCAACGAUUGUUAUGACUAUUCUGGGGCUGAUUUUGUUGAAUGUGGUGGUUGAGAGGUAUUUUUCUUACAAAACGCAAAGAAAUAACUUUAAGCAAUAG